UUGAUUCAGUCAAGCGGACCAUCCAUCAGUAAACCGCAUGUUUCUGACACAUUUACUGUUUUAGCACACGAACAAGCUCGAGUAGUUGCUUAAUGUUUUGUUUGUCCGACAUUUGAUGUUGAUUAUCACGACACAUCACAGAAAGUCAAAUUAGCCUGGUACGUGGGCUAUUAUACAAUUAAUUACAAAAAAUUGAAUCACGUCUAGGCCUAGGCUAGGCCUAGGCCUAUAGGCCUAGAGAUAUUCAGCAGUAGAGUGCAGACAUGUGGAGAAGUCGACAAGUAUAGAAGGCUAUGCCAGGCCAUGUUGUUUAGGCCCUAUAUCUGUUGUGACGUUGAAAUUAAUAUGCCUGAAAAGAAACUAUCAGUCGCUCCACCAAAAGUGACAGUAGAAGACCUUGAGGAAUUCUUGGCAACAGAUAAUUUAUUUAUUGAAUAUUUCAAUGCAUUUCUAAGGUUGCCGACUUUUCCAGAACCGUUAGUGUUCAACAAAGAUCGCGGCGGUUUUGAGGUGGUUACCGAUGCCAAGCAAGAGCUUAAGAGUCAGAUGCAAGCAGCAGUAAGAUCUAAGCAGUCACCAAAUCAGAUGUACCAAGUUACUAAGCAAGUAAUAAGUGAAAAGAACCCACCUAAAGUCAAGUAUGCUGGUGAUAGUGAUGGUGAUGAGGAACCAGAUAUAAAAACAACAUUCCAAGUUCAGUGUCUGAACAAAGAACAAGGCAUCCAAUGGAUUAAGGAAGAAAGAGUGCCUGCAUUUUUGCAAUCAGAUCUUUACCUCGAGUACCGACUUGCGAAACUCAUAUCUCAAGCAGAGAUUGCAGCUAAAGAGGAAAAACCACUAAACCUUAUUAUUGACUCAUCUUAUAAACCUUUUGGGAUUGAAAAACCAUCUGUAACAACAAAACCGGUUUAUGUUGAUAAGAAAGCGCUCACUUUUCGUGAUAUGUUUAUUUGCCUCGGGGAAACCCAUCCCACUCAGACAGACGAUUGGUACAAUGAUGUCAAACUCGUCACUGACACACAGACAACUUCAAGUACAAUAAUCCGUCCAUCCGCCAUAGAGGAAAAAUCAUCAAGUUCCCGACCUACAAGUGCGCGGCCACCAAGUGUGCUUAGUAGCAAGGACGUCGUAAGUACGAUAGACAGUGGUGUUUGGAGUCCACGCAGGCAGGACUCAUUUUCAAUACCUCCACAUUCGCAAACAUUUAGCUUUGAUGGUGAUGUCAUCAGUAAUAAUAAGUUAUUUGAUAAUCCUCCUAAAUUACGAUCUCCAUCACCAACCCAGUGGAGGCCACCAAUUGGGGAUCAGUGUUGUGUAGUCCUUGAGAGUGAAAAACGGAACUAUGUGGGUGCUGUUCAUUUAAAAGUUGUUAAACAAAACACAGAGAAUGAAGGGGCAGAUGAUGCUUCUUCAGAAGGUGGUGAAAGUGGUGUUGAUUGCGAGAAAGCUGAUAGCGAAAAAGCAGACAAUGAGGGUAGUAUCAAUUCUGAAGAUGGAAAAAAUGACGGCGAGAUGGGGAAUUCGCAAAUAAAAACAAUCACUGUUGAUAAUGUAGAUCAACUUGCUAUGGUUACGGUUACUCAUGCCAUCAAGUGUGCGCUAAGGCUUGUAACAAGCUGCAGUGAGGAGGAAAUAAAUAAUUAUUUAGAUGAAAAUGUACUCAAAUUGAAAACAGUAAGGUCGGUAGAUCUUGAGGAAGGCUCACUUAACAACAUAGUGAUUAGGGCAACGUCUGCAGAGAGUAUAGACUUGUUAACAGUCCCGAAACAAACUUUGCAAGUGGGAUCAACUUUGUCCACAACCUCCUCCAUGAAAGACUCUAUUGAAGAAGACUCAUUGAUUGAUAGUGAUGAGGAAGAGGAUGAUGAUGCUAUAUUUCCACGUGCCAAGACCUAUGAUUUGAGCAACAAGAAAGGCAUUGACGCCUUUAAGAACUUCUUAUGCGGGAAUAUGGGCGAGAAAUAUUGGAGCUUGUGGUUAGACCUUGAUAGAGCGAAUAAUAUAUUAGAAGAGGAUAACCAAAACCAGUUUAUAGGUCAAUUACGAGAGAAGUAUGUAAAUUCUGGAAGUUUGUGUGAACUAUCUAGAGAGGUCCAGCAAAAGCUAGGGUUCUCCCAGUCCCACAAGUGGCAGUCAUUUGCAGAGCUUCAGAAAAUCCAGCCUAAAGUUGCAGAACCACUGCUUUUAUACUGGGCUCCAAGAUUCCUGAUGAGGGAACAUUACAAGUGCAAUCCAACAAAGAAUUACCUGUACCACAGGCAGCAAUUAAACCGUCCAAAGUCAAUACCAAAUCCGGAGCCAAAGGCUGUCACCUUACUACCUCUGAGACCCAAGACUUGUAUGCCAAAAAUGAAGAAAGAUACAGUACCACAGUUUAAAUCAGCUUUACCAAAAGAGGUUUCCACUGCAACAAUAAACAACAGCACCUUUCCAAAUUUAUCAUUAUCAAACAAUUUACAAGGCCUAAUGCCAAAACCAUCAUCACGUCAGAAAAGUGGCCCAGAAAGCCAGCAAGAAGACCUCAAAGAACAGAAGGUCUUGCCACCAGGAAGUAAGAAGCCGCAGGCAGGCCGGGUGAAUAGUGCUCGUACAAGACCAACUUUGAAGCAUAGUGAGUCCGAAUUAGGCCGGCCCGCAUCUGCUCAGCCGGUACUUAGGAAAGAUCACAUUAAACGCACUAUGUCUGAAAGUAGGUUGCAUACAAGAUCAAUAUCUGAGGAAUCUGGAACCAAUCAGACAAAAAAUUUAUCAAGUGUUCUCCCUAGGCCAGUUUCUAGGCCAAGUUCAGCUGUUAGCAGCAAGGCGUCUGAAGAGAGCGACUUUCUGGGUGGAAGGAGAAUGGAGGACCUUUUAGAUGGUUUGAUGUUUGAGAAAAAAGCUGGAGGAUUUUUUAUGACAUACUUAGAACAAUUAGGAAACAAGGUUCUGAUUAAUUGUCUUCACUGCUGGCAUGAUAUACAGGAAUAUCAUACACUCUUCUUCUCAGAAACAUUCAGUGAAUAUGUUUUGAAUAGGAAAGCACAGGCAAUCUUUGGAAAGCAUAUUGUUCCUGGUGCCUAUUACAACAUAGGCUGCUCUAAAGCAAUCCAAACGCAAAUACAUCGUGAAAUAUCACCACCAUUUGAAGAGCUCUUUGAUGGCGCAGAAGAACAUAUCCUUCAGAUGUUGACAAAGCCUUUCUCCGAGAUGAAAAACAGUGAUCAACGCUUGUAUGAUAAGAUUGAGAUGACUCAAGAGGAAAGGCGAGUUGAGUCAAAGGAGUCUAGAUAUUUGAGGCGGCUGCAGAGGAGAACCAUGUUUAAAGAGAGAAUCUCAACUCCAGAUAUUGGACCAGAAGAUGAUGCCACGAAACAUGCUGCUUACUAUCAAUCACUCAGGGAUAAAGUACCAAAAGAAUUUAAAGAUUUUGACUUCAAUAAGCUCAUCCACAACAGACUCGAACUUGAACACUUCAGGCAUUUUCUGGAGGACAAUUAUGGUGUUACGGAUCUUCUAUGUUGGAUGGACAUUGAAUCGUUUCGACGUACACCACAUAUUGACAACCUUCGGCGAGACAAGAAAGCAAAGGAUAUUAAAAUCCGCUACCUAAACAAGAAGUAUUUCUUUGGUCCUAACAGCCCAGCUACUCGUCAGCAGCAGCACCAGGUUAUGCAAGCUGGUGGAGGUUGGGGCAAGAUACUUUUAGAUCGUCCCCCUACCCAGAUCCUCAUCGAAGCUCAGAAGUAUGUCCGUGAACGUUUAGAACAAAAAUGGCUUCCCAUGUAUCUGGCAACAGAUGGUUUUUAUGAGCGUAUGAAGCCACUACUGAAGAUUGAUGAAGUUGUGGACGAUUUGCUUCUUGCAAAGAAGAAGCGUUCAAUGGCUAUUUAUAAGCUUUUGGAAGGCAAGUGGGCGUCAUCAUCCCGGGAAAUCAUAGCAUUCCGUCAUGCUCUGUUAAACCCGGUCACAUGCCGCCAGUUGUGUAAAUUUGUGUCAGUGCGCGGUGAUAACUUGGAGAAUGACAUCUUAUUCUGGCUGGAAGUACAGAAGUUCAAAGAGAUGUACCACAACCAUACAGAGGAAUCAUUAAUUCACCAAAAGUUCCAGACAAUCUUAGCAUGCUUCAUAGAUUCUGAGAUGCCGCCCUCACUCCAGAUUGAUAUCACUCCGGAACAAGCGGAGAGACUGCUGGAGAAACGACCGAGAGAGAUGGGACCAUAUGUUUUCCGUGAAACUCAGCUGACAGUGUUUCGGGUUUUGUAUCCUCAUUGGAAUGAGUUCCUGAAAUACAAAAACACUGUUGCUGAAGAGAAACUUUUGUAUGAACUGGAAAAGAAGAAGAAAAGGCAGUUGAAGAAGGAAAUGGAGAAAAAGAGGAUCCAACAAGAUAAGGAGUUUGCAAGAAAGGGUUAUGUAUCUGAAUAUGAAGAUGAUCGUAACAGCAAUGCCUCUGCCACGCAAACAUCAAAGAGUUUGACAGAGUUUUUUGAAGACGACUUUGAUGAUAGUAUUGAGAAAGUGGAAUGGAAAUACUCGCAUUAUGUUACCGCCAUCGAAGAUGAACAGGUUCGCCUUAAUGGAGACGAAAGAGCAUCAAGUAUACUUUCAGAUCAAUUGAAAACAAGCAAAUAUAAAUCUUAUAGUCCCAAGCCAACGAGACAGGUGAAGAAGCAGGUACGACUGCAGGAAAACCAUCGACCCUCAUCACGAGUAGGCUCUGCUAAGCAGAGGUCUAAGCUAGGCCAUUAA